GAGCGAACCUAACCUAAAGCAAACUUGUCUAACCUCUCGUUGUCAACAUAACGUUGUCAGCGAACGUUUUUCUUGGGUAUAAAUAGUGUAAAUAGCAGUAACGGGCGGACAAACAACGUGAAAGCUGGCGAAAGCGUCAUACAACCUCGUGGAGAGGUUGAAGGCGCAAUCCCUCAACCGGUGGAACAACACACCCAAAAAAACCUAACAAAAUAACGGCCGCGUCGCUCACAAAGAGGACUGAUAGGAAAGGAAAAAGGAGUGUCAGUUGAGUUCCCAUUUUUAUUCACCGAUUUUUAAUCGGAUUAAAGAAAAAGAGAUAACAAGAAGAAGAAGAAGAAGAAGCAGAAGAUCAAAUCGGAUAUGUGAUGUAAUUAGUAGUUUUAUCACUUCUGCGCGAAGCUAACCAAAAGAAGUGGCCAGGAGUGACGCCGUCGGUUACUCGUAACGGCGGCAAAUACCUGCGGACCAGCAGAUUAUAUUCAUAAAAGAAGAAGAGGAAGAGAGACCGCGAAAACAGAUGAUGAACGAGAAGAUGAUGGACGCGCGGAGGCGCGAGAGAGAGCUGAUAGGAUUACGCGGAGUUCCCGAUGCCUGGAGCAGAUCCCCGACGCAAAUCGAGUAUAGCUCAGACGAGAAGGACGAAGAGCUGAGCAAACACAAGGAUAAUAUUAUACCGAAGGACCGCAAGAGAAAGAGGCACGAUGUUAAAAAGAAGAAGAGCAAGAAACUGAAGAAGGAGAAGAAGGCAAAGAAGGAGAGAAGGAGGGAGAAGAAGGCGAAGAAGGAAGCGAAGAGGGAGCGGAGGAGGAAGAAGAAGGCGAAGAAAGAGACCGAGAGUAGCAGCUCCGACGACAGCGGCAGCAGCGGCAGCGACGACGAGGCGGUCUGGGUAGAGAAGACCGCGGUCGUCGACAAGCCGAAGCCGAAGAGGAGCUCGAGUAGUACGGACGACAGCGGGGACGACGGUGUCGUCGGACCCGCUCCGAAGCCACACGUGACUCUCUCGGCCAAGGAUUUCGGCAAGGCGCUGCUGCCGGGCGAGGGUGCGGCGAUGGCGGCUUAUGUCGCCGAAGGGAAGCGCAUACCCAGGAGAGGCGAGAUCGGUCUCACGUCCGAGGAAAUUGCGUCGUACGAAUCGGUCGGCUACGUGAUGAGUGGCAGCAGGCAUCGUCGCAUGGAAGCGGUCCGUAUACGAAAGGAGAACCAGAUCUAUUCCGCCGACGAGAAGCGCGCCUUGGCAAUGUUCAGUAAAGAAGAACGGCAGAAGAGGGAAAAUCUUAUAUUGGGACAAUUCAGAGAGAUGAUUAAUCACAAGAAGAUGGCGCAGGAGAAGAAGAAUUGAAAACUUAUAGAUUAUACGAUAUCUAAAAAGGUAUUUGUCAUAGGAUUCUUGUGUGUGUAUAUAUAAUAUAUAUACACACACAU